AUGGGCUACAUUCCCGAGAAGAGGAUUGGAGACGUUGACCGGUGCGCGGUGUACAUAUCGCUGGCACCUGGCAUGGAGAAUCCUGCGGGGGUAGACCCGCCGGAAGACGACGCUGCUCGGUGUGCUCGAUACACCAGCAGCGAAGAGGAGCAGAACGAUCCUGCCCCGACCACCGAAGACAGAGUGGCGAGGAAAAGGCCACUAGCAGCAGACCCCUCCCCUGCAGAAGCGCUGCCGGCAGAGAGCAGCCAGGCGCCGAAACGCCGUCGGCUCAUCCGGAUUACCGACGACGAUGAGGAGGAGGAGGCCGCGCCUUCUUUGGUCCGGAGGCCACGCAGUCGUCCGGAAGUUGCGCCGGCCACCACUGGUCAGGUGACCAGCGACCCGCCUGCACCGCACGCCGGGCCGACGCGCCUCGUAGAGGCGGGAGCGCAGGCACCGACCGGUAGGACCAGGAGGAGGUUCACCGCGACACACAGGCACUCUGACCUUGUAGCCUCGGACGUCGACCCUGACCACGUUGCUGGUCAGAGGGCGGCCGAGCCUGUAGCUGCUGUUGGGGACGCCGCGCCACAGACCACGGAGCGGCCUGCGGCGACAACCGCUGCUACGAGCGCCGAGGAGCAACCGGCCCCGGCAAACUUGGAGGAGGAGGUUGCACGCCUCCGGCAAGAGAAGGAGUAG